AUGCGGAAGUAUGCCACUUUAUAUGGUGUCCCAACUUGUUUGUUGGGUUUUAUUGUUUGUGGAGCAUGGCACUUGGAAACACUGGACUGCAUAGUUAUAGAGAAGGAUGGAGCAGUUGUGCAAGCACUAAGAUCAAGGAGACAAGUUAUUUUGGAUAACAUCCGUGACAAUGAUGAGGCUGGUGCUGGUUACAAGAAGGAUAUAGAGAUAAAUGAGAAACGACGAUGUCAGCUUCAAGAUAUGAUUGAUGAAGCCAUUAGUAACAAUGGCAACAAAAUUUAUCUGCACAUUCUUAGUCAGUACAGACUUCUUGGGAUGGCAAAUACUGAACUUCAAUUUGAGAUGGCAAUGCGAGAUCAAGUCAUUCAUGAUCAAAGAGAAUCUAUGAAAAAAAUUUGGACUGUGCUCUUGGAAUUGGGGCUUGACCAAAAGCAAAUAAUGGAUCUGGCUGUUAAACAAGGGAUCAAAAUAGAAGAAUGUGCUACAGCUCAAGCAAGUUACCUGAGGACGUUGCAGUCACCGGUUAUUUCUAUUGUUGGAACCCCAUCUUGUGUGUUAUAUCACAGCCCAUGUUUGCAGACACAUCCUUCUAAUGCUUGCAUCUUCCAACAUCACCAAGGCUGUAGCUCCAUAGCUUACGUCAGGUCCCAAAUUGACAGUCCUACUGUCUGCAGAGAGGAGCACCAUAGCUCUUAUUACUUGCACUCUCAUGAUCACCCACACAUGGCAUAUUCUGGAAUGGGAGAAACAAGGUCAAGUGGAAGACCAAAUCCAUGUUUUUAUACUCCUGAGAAACCUGCUCAGGAAGCAUGGUGCUUCUGCUCACCAAUGAAUGCUCAACCAUACCCAUGCAGUAAUGAAAGAUCGGGUUCUGACAAAGACUUGCGGCAUCACCCAAAGGAAACAUGUUUUGCAAGAAGGCAAAUCCUGCAGGAAGAAUUCCCUUCUGGACUGAGCCGCAGAAACCCGAAGGAGGAACUUGGGAAUAAUGGUGAAUUAAACUGUGGAUUACAUGAGCCUCAUCUUUUCCUCAACUCACUGACGAGGCAUCCAGAUUUUUCCAAGUCAUUGCCAUCCUCUGGAGCUGUUGGUGUGAGACACAUUCCUGGGCUGUAA